AUGGCGGUAUCCCGGAUGCGUCGCACCGCCGACGGCGGUGUUGCUCAGGCUGUAGCUUCAGUCAAGGAGCACCAGAAGUUCAAAAAGAUGCUUAUGUUCGGAAUGCGUUCCCUGUCUGACUUCUGCAACCCCCAACUGCAGAUCCACGUGGACAAUGCGUUGGACGCGCUGAAUCGCAACGUCCUACCAAGCAUUGUUACAGCGCUUUCGAACUUCGGCGAUGACGAAGACAUCAUUUUUUCCUGCAGCCAGAUCUUGCAGGCCAUGGCACGGGCCUGCAUGGAGGAAUCCGAAAACCCGGAGAUUUCUCAGAAGUUUUUGAAGGAGGGCGGUAUGACGGCUGUCGAGCUUAUCCUCAACCAGUGUCCGCAGGACGACACCGUGUUGGGCUACUGCUAUGCCGUCAUUGAGUGCUUCAGCGCCUCCAAUUCCCUCGCCGAUGGCGGCGCUUCUCUCACGGGCACCAUUUGCAAGUCGGUGCGGAACAAGGAGUCCAUGCCCGUUCCCGUUGCCACCAGAGCGCUUGUUUGCCUGUCCGCUAUCUGCGCGAGCUCGUCAGGGCCCGCCAAGAUGAAGCAACAUGAGGGUAUGGCCGUGCUGCUGCAGCUGUGUCUGCUGCUGCCCACGGAGCAGCCCAGCAUCGGCGUCGUAGAGAGGUCCAUGAAGGCUGCUACUGCGGUUGCUGCGGCAAAGAUGGUUGAUCAGUCGAGCCUUGACCCCGUGAUCCAGGUGAUUGAGAAGUUCAAGACGUCGAAGAUUGUUUUGAGCCAUGGUAGCGACAUCGUGAAGUCACUCGUGAGCACGGCUUCCCUAAAACAGAGCCUUCAGGACAUUCAAAAAUGCGCUGCCGGCUCCCCCGAGCACAAAGCUGCGGUUGACACCCUGCGCUCGCUGUCAUACAUUUCUUCUGUGGGAGAGCAGCUGGCGAAGGAUGGCGCUUUGGGUCUCAUGGUGGACCUGAUCAAAAACGCCGUGUCACAGAUGGAAACCCACAAGGAAGUCAUGGUGAACGUGAUUUCGGUGGCGGCGCGCAUUCUGGGUUCUGUUGCGGCUAACCGCAGCUACUGCGAGGAGGUGGUCAACAAGGGUGGUGUGGACAACCUUGUGGCUGCGAUGCAGGUCUGCAUGGAGUACCCCUCGUGCAUUGCGAGCAUCGGCGAUGCUCUGGCUCAGUUGCUCCAGGCCGGCCCUGCCGCCUACUUGAAGACGGACGCCGUUGCCGUGGCGCUGCCCAUCCUGUACCAGCUGUCGGACAAGGAGGAUGUGGCCUCUUCGCUGAUGGCGUUCGUCGCCGCAGCGUCCCAGAAGGACGAGCUGCAGCCUGCGUUUAUUUCUAACAAGGUUGUCGAGAUCAUGUGCACUUGCUGCCAGUACCAUUCCGAGAACCUGCCCCUGCACCUCAACAUCAUCCAGGUGCUGAACCGUUUCUCGAGCCAAGUAAAGGACCUUUCGCUAGUGUACGAGUAUGGAGGGCUCCAGGGUAUAGCCAUGUCGAUGGCUGCGCACUACCGCAGCGACAAGUACUGCCUGGAGGUGCUGGCGUUGCUGCUCACCUUCGCGUGCACUCCCGAGGCACACCAGUACAUGACGACGGGCGAGGAGUCGAUCAUCGACAUCAUCCUCCAGCUGAUGUUGGAGCACCAGGAGAUCGAGGCCAUCACCAGUUCCGCGGUGAAAGUGCUAGAAAUCCUGUCCACCGAGGAGGACGUCCAGCGCACCAUGAAAGGUCUCAGCCUGUCCCUCCAGACUUCCAGGGACAACCCCGAUGGCGCGUACGCCAAGAUCGCCGCGGUGACUGGGUUGUCUCGCAUCGCACGUCUGCGACCCAGCAUCCUUUCUUCGGGUAUGCCCAAGGAGAUCAUGAAGUCUGUGAGCACGUGGGUGGAGAGCUCCAACUUCGAGGGCCGUUCCAAGCUGACGAAGGCCGCCAUGCAGUCCGCCGUGGUGGCGAGCGAAGAUGCGGCCGAGUGUGUCGCCAUGAUCCAAAAGGUGUGCGACUUGGCCUGCCUGCCUCAGGUGAAGCGUGUGAUUGACCUCGAGGGUGCCGACGACAACUUCUUGCUGCACUGCACUGGCGCGCUGCGCCAGAUGUGCUCGGUGGAGCGCACCUACAGCCCCGAGGAGUGCACUACGGUCGUGGAGAGCAUCAACCGUGUCAUGCGGAAACACGUGGACAUCAAGAACGCCGAGACCCAGUGCAUCGAGGCCCUGCACGACUUCGUGCAAGUUACGGGCAAGAACGGCAUUGAGGCUUUGAUUUCCACUGGCGCCAUCGUCGGCGUUGUUGGGUACCUGAUUAAGAUCCCCAUGUACCUCCCGUGCCAGAUUGCCGGUGUCGGCUUCUUGCUGGCGUGCGCCAAGAUGGACUACCGCGCCCUCGAGUGCCUGAAGCAGUGCAACUGCUACCAGCUGCUGCGCGCCCUCAACCGCACCCACAAGAAGUCCAGGAAGCUGAAGGCGAUGGUCGGUGUCUUGAUGACCAUGAUCAUGCCUCCGGAGGCGUUCGAGGCCGAGCUUACCCAGCUGUUAAUCGACAUGGCCAAGGGCCAGGAAACGAACGACAUCGUUGCCGUGCACACUGCGUUGAUGUCUAUGAACCAGUUGCUGGUUGCCAAGGAGUGCAUCCGCAUUGCCGCCCGCCUGGGAGUGCCCGAGGCUCUCACGAAGGCGUGCACGUGGACAUUGAAGAACAAGGCGCUCGCCGCCAAGGUCCAGGUUGUCGAGCCGGGCGACCUGGCCGGAAAGGACCUGGUCGAUGGUAUAUUGUUCGAGGUGGCGCAGGCCAACUUCAACAUGGGCCAGAACCGCAACGGUCUCAUCGCCAUGACGAAGCAGCAGUCCCACUUGACGUCUCUGACGGUUUACCAGAGCCUGGAGUCGCCUGUAACGACGAUGGUGGAGGACGGUGCUUGCGCCGCGCUUGACGGCAUGACCCUGCUUUUCCUGCACAACCGCGCCAACGUCGAAGAGGCGUUGCAGAACGAUGUCCUCGCCAAGGUUUGCCGCGGCUUCACCAUGUUCCAGGGGUGCCCGAACGUCAUCCGCAGCAUAUGCAGGUGCCUUGCUUCCAUGUGCAUUACGGAGGCGCGCGUGAAGUCCUUGGUUGAGAGCCCCGACUUCGUGAAACUGACCAACAACCUCGUCAGCCUGGUUAACAGCGACAACAACGAGGUUGCGCUGAACGCGUUGAAGGCUAUUUCGGAGCUGCUUAAGGUCAACAGCGACGUGUUGUUGAACUACUUCGCCACCAAGACCAACACCAUCCCUGUGCUCUUCCACAAGAUUGAGGUGCACCCUGAGGACCCCAAGAUCGUUGCUCUGUCGGCGUCAUGUCUUAAUUGCUACGGCAAGAAUGUCGGCAACGGCCGCAAGGACAUCCCUGCAGUGCUGUCCAACAUCACUCGUGCGCUGAAGGAGAACAAGAACGUUGGCACGACUGUUCUGCCUAUCCUCAGGCUGCUGCUGAACCUCGCGAACCAGGAGACCAAGCAGGCGCUGAAGAGCUCCGGUGUCAUGGAAAUCGUGAGCGAUGUGAUGAUGAUCCACAUCGACGACGAAGAGAUCGCCGCUGCCGGUGGUGAAUUGUUCGGUUUCCUCGGAGCUGAGGCCCAGAUCCGCGCCUUGAUGAGAUCCGUCAUCGACACUGUGAAGGUGCAGCAGGACGAUAUGGCCCAGCAGGUUGAUUCCAUGUGCAUCCGUCUCGCGAUGUACCUGCUGUCCCCGCUUGAGAACCGUGCGGAUGCCCUUGCUGAGACCGAAGAGUUUUUGGGAGCGCUCAACACCUGCAUUGCUUACGCCGCUGACAACAAGAACCUGGUGGCCAACGCCACUUUGGUGUCACGUCGUCUGUGUGACUCCGUCAUCGAGGACUUCGAAGACCAGUUCGGUGCAUGGGCGGUUGCCAACUCCAGCAACCUGCAGCAGAUCAUCUCCGUGUUGAAUUCGGAGUACGGUGCGAGCAAUGUGAAGUUCUUGUGCCACGCGUACCGCGUCUUCACGUGCUGUGCAGUAAACCCGUACGUGACGGACCUGAUGCAGGCGGAGUGUGAGACGGUGCUCCCGCGCUCCAUCGAACUGCUUGACCGCUACCAGGGCAACGCUGAAGUGUGCCACGCGAUUUUGGAGUUCUUGAACCACCUUUCCAAGUCCCCUGCAACCGAGAACUCGGCGCAGAAUUCGGGCAGCCAGCUGAUCUACAGUGUUUGCCAGCAGAACAACGCGGACAUGAUAUCCAUCGCGAGCAACCUGAUGAUCAACCACAAGAAUGCGGACAAUGUGGUCAUCCCUGCCAUGCAACUCAUUGGGGAGCUUGUUGGUGGAGGUUCGUACCAAGCCGACAAGGCGGCGGUGGCCGCGGCCAUGUCCGCUGCCGAGCGUGUCUGCCUUGGGGACGUCUCCCACCAGCGCAAGUUGGCCUACAUGGAGAUGGUCGCUAGGGUGUUGGGCAGCCUGGAGACUAAGGAUGCUCACAGGUUGAUGGAGAACGUGGUCCAGAUGAUGAACGCAGGCGUCAUCGAGCGCAACCCUGCAACGCUUGCAGCGUACGCUCGCCUGCUUGCUGGCGCGAUACUGGCCGACCCCGAGAACAAGGACAACAUGCAGCAGCUGAACAAGAUGGGCGCCAUCAAGGUGUUGGCGGAUCUUUUGGACGACCGCUCCCUGUUCGACAAGGCAACUGUGCUGACGGUGUUGCAAUCCCUUCAGUCAUGCGUCAAUGGUGCUCCCGCCAGUGCCGUCCUGGUGCUGAAGGAAGCGCUGCCUAAGCUGAUUGAGAACGGCUCAGACUUAUUGACGAACGAUCCGGACUGCAGCAACGCUUUCUGCGACCUGUUGUUGGACGCCGUUAAGAUCGAGGGUGUUGGCCGCGUGCUGGGUGGCAUGGAGCCCGUCAUGAACCAGUUGCACAACCUCCAGAUGAAGGCCAAGGAUGCUGGUAACAAGGAACUGGAGUCCCGUGUGUUGCAGAUCCUGAAGGGCAUCGCUGCCGACCAACCGAAGAUCAGGAAUUGCAAGAGCAUCUACCUGAUGUUGGAAGAGCGUAAGAGCGAAGGCCAGACCAUUUCGAUUGCUCAAGCCAUGGAGCUUGCGGACGACGCGAACUUCCUGCUGAAGACCAUGACCGCGUACAACAACAAGGUUUUGGCAUACGAGGAAGACAACGGCAAAGACUUCAUCUACGGUUCUAUGGCGUUCGAAUUGCUGUACAGCGUAGUAGACAACUGCCAGUACCUCACCGACAACGGCGUGCUGGAGACGCAGAUGGAUUCGUUGAGCAAGCAGACCCACCUCAACAUCAGCAACUCGAUUUCGGCGGCGCUGUGCGCGGGAUGCUUGCACCCAGUUUUCGUCGCCAAGAUUCUUACUCGUCCGAACAGUGUGAAGCAGAUUGGAGAUUACCUGAAACGCGUGCACUCCGGCAACGGAAUGAUUGUCCCAGCCACUUCUGAAGGGUCUGACAACAUCGCCGAGGUUGUGCUUAUCAACGCGCUGUUGCUCGUCGAACGCUCGGCCGUGAACCGCCGCAUUUACCUGAAGUCUGACGUCAUCAAUACCGUGGUUGAUGUCUGGGACGCGUACGACCAGCACAAAUAUGAGACGCCCCGUCUGCUGCGCCAGACCUUCCGCACGCUGCGCAAGAUCGUGGCGGAGGGCCACCUCGACAUUAUGUUGAAGUGCAACAUGGUUGCGCGCAUCAAGCAGAUCCUUGCGACGACGGAAGAUGUGAACCUGAUUCCCGACGCUCUCUUCCUUGUCGGUAGUAUGGCCGUGGUCAAGCAAAUCAAGACCCAGAUUUGUGAACUGGGCCUGCUGGACGGCAUCGUGCAUCUGAUGGAGCGCCACGUGGGCAACCCGGAUUCACCAAACGCCAUCAUCACGAACACCUGCCUCGCGCUUGCCAACGCUUGCAUCGGCCAUCGCCAGGCCACGGACCGCUUCUUGCAGUUGAAGGGUCCGGAGUUGAACGUCCGCAUUCUGCGUGAGUACGCCGAGUCGCACGAAAUCACCAACGGUGCCAGUAUCCUGCUGUGUAACAUGCUUUACAAGAACGACAACCUCAAGGGCACGUACGGUAAGUUGGGCGCUCCGGAGGCUCUGGUGCGUUGCCUGCGUGCUUACGCUGGUUCCAACCAGGGUUUCGCCAUCCGUUGCAUUGAGUCCCUGUUCAAGGCCAUUUCCAACCUCGCGCUCUACGCCAGCAACGUGGCCCUGUUCCUGAGUGCUGGGAUUGAGGACAGUUUCCGCGCCUGGUUGGCUGACCUGGAACCGUCGUUCUCGGACGCGCAGCUCAAGACCGGUUUGCAGACCCUGUCCAACCUUGUGAUGGACAACAGAGAAGAGAACAUGCGCAAGUUCUCCGUGGUGCUGCCGCCCGUCUUGAAGGUUUUGGCGCAGGACCGCCAAGACAGCAAGGUUGCGUUGCUGUUGUUCGACAUCUUGGCCUCGCUGUGCCGUCUCCCCGACAACAGCAAUACCUUCUUGGAAAGUGGAGGUGCAGAGAUGUGCAUCCAGACCAUGCGUCGUGUGAGCUAUGACCUGGUUACGCUGACCCUCGGCAUCAACCUCCUGGCCAUUCAGGCCGGCAACCCCGCUGGUGCCCGGAAGUUGCUUGAACUGGACGUGUUCAGCCUGCUGGUUGCCAACCUGACGUUCGAGGAGCACACCCCCGAGAUGAACGACAUUUUGAUCGCGAGUCUCCGUUGCCUCAGGAAGCUGGUGAACUGCGCCGAGAUGGUAUACCUCUUCUGCAGCCAGGAUGGUCUGGCCGCCACGAUUGCAGUCUCCCGCAAGACCCAACAACACCCGGUUAUUCUGAUCGAGUCCCUGCGUUUGAUCCUGGGUAUGCUGCAGCUGACCGAAGGUAAGGAGGCUGGCGCUGCGCCGGCAUGGGAGAACAUUGGCAUGGAGAAGGAGGACAUCGAUACCCUUUUGGGCAUCGUCUGUGUCUGUGGCGCCAAUGAACAGGCGCAGAAAAUGGCCCGGCUGCAGAAGAUUUUGUUCAGCGUCAUCGCCUACUUCCUGUCCCAGGGUCUGGGCAAUGAGGCGCUCAUUGUCAACAACUUCUCUGCGAUUGGAAACACGUACCUUACCAACUUCCCCAGUGCCAUUGACGUGAUCACGCUGAUGACCGUGCUCUUGGAGAACGUUUUCACCGCCCCUGUCGAGGUGCGCAACAACCUGCUCUCCAGGGAGAUGGUGAAGAGGUACCGCGACGUGGUGUCUGCGCUGCCCAAGAAGAAGCCUGAAGAAAAGACCUUCUACACCCGUUGCCAGACCCUCGUGAAUGCCCUCGCUUCGAGCGAAGAACGCACUCUGGAGUCGACUGGCCAUUUCGACAUCGCCCUCAGUGAGUGGAACGUGGACCCGUACCCGCACGGUAUCCACGACCUGCCAGAGCCCGUGAAGCAGUCGCUACGUACCGGCGGCCGCGUAAAGGGUUACAUCCGCGACAGUACCACUCGCGUCGGCAUUCGGUGGCGUUCGAGCCAGGACCUCAACUACCUGGAGUGGGGCCCCGAGGAGGAAGAGUACCCGUACCGUAUUGCGAUCCGCUGCAUCCGCAACAUUGCGCGUGGCCUUCGUCACCCCACCCUGGAAGCCGCCAACGCCAAGGAGCCGCGCAAGGUCAACAACAACAACUGCUUCUGCAUUCUGGGUUCCGCGACCGAGGACUUCCCCGAUGGGUUCGCUCUCCCUAUUAAGUGCAAGAACGUAAAAGAGCGCGACGCCGUCGUCGAGCUCCUCGUCCAAUGGCGUGAUGCCGCUACUUACAACUACUAA